CAACUUCAACCCAAUCUUUUAAAUUCUAAAACCUCUUCUUUUAGGGUUUUAUCUCUGGUUCGUUCACCGUCGCCACUGCACUUCUUACUCCGUCGGGUUUACCAGCGCUAAGCAAUGGCUCCGAAAAGAGUACCAGCGAAGAAGAAGCUACCGACUAUUCAGGAGAAGGUUUCGAACCCGUUGUUCGAGAAGCGUCCGAAGCAGUUCGGAAUCGGAGGGGCGUUGCCUCCAAAGCGGGACCUGACUCGGUUCGUGAAAUGGCCGAAGACCGUUCAAAUCCAACGCAAGAAACGCAUUCUCAAGCAGAGGCUCAAGGUCCCUCCCGCUCUCAAUCAGUUUACAAAAACCCUCGACAAAAAUCUCGCAACGAACCUAUUCAAGAUGCUGCUGAAGUACAGGCCAGAAGACAAAGCAGAGAAGAAAGAGCGUUUGUUGAAGAGGGCUCAGGCCGAGGCUGAUGGGAAAAGUGUUGAAGCCAAGAAGCCUAUUGUUGUUAAAUAUGGUCUCAAUCAUGUUACUUACCUUAUUGAACAGAAUAAAGCGCAACUUGUUGUGAUUGCUCAUGAUGUGGACCCAAUCGAACUUGUGGUCUGGCUUCCGGCACUCUGCAGGAAGAUGGAAAUUCCAUACUGCAUUGUCAAGGGCAAAGCACGCUUGGGAACGGUUGUCCACAAGAAAACGGCUUCAGUUUUGUGCUUGACAACUGUCAAGAAUGAAGAUAAAUUGGAGUUCAGUAGAAUCCUAGAAGCUAUUAAGGCUAACUUCAAUGACAAGUAUGACGAGUACAGAAAGAAGUGGGGUGGUGGAAUCAUGGGUUCCAAAUCCCAAGCCAAGACCAGGGCCAAGGAGAAGCUCCUUGCAAAAGAAGCAGCCCAAAGAAUGUCCUAGAUUCAGUUUUUAUACGUUUGAGGUCAUUUUUUCUAUAUUUUAUUUUAAGGGAGCCUAUACAAGUCAAUGUGAGGUCUAACAUCAUUUUGGUAGCUCGUAAUCCAUUAAAACCCGAUUUUGAUCGUUGAUAUUUGAUUAUCGAUAGUUAUUUUAGACUUUAAUUAAAUGUAUUUUUUUUUUCUGCUCGGGAAUA